AUGUUCAAGGUCUUCAUGACGAGAAAGGAUCUAGCCUGCGUACACGAGCCGUUUGGUGAUGCCUUUUAUUACGGUCCGGAGAGGAUGAGUGUGCGAUACGAGAACGAUGAAGAGGCAAGGAAAGCCACUGGCUUCGCGGACUCGACAUACAAGUCAAUUUUCGAUCGUCUCGAGCGAGAUGGAUCUGAGGGCAAACGUGUCUUCAUCAAGGAUAUCACGUAUUACCUAGUUCCACCUGAUCAGCAACCGGCCAAAAUUGCUCCAUCUCUAAUGCCCAAGAGGCGAGGAAUCGGUACCAACGGCGUCACCAACGGCGUCAACAGUCAUGCCAAUGGCGAGAAAGCACCUUUUCCAUAUCCUACCGAGGGCGAACCUGGAAAUCCCACCAUCGUCCCCAGAGCCCUUCUGGAGCAGUUUCAUUUUACCUUCUUGAUUCGAGACCCUCAUUCGAGCAUUCCGUCUUAUUACCGAUGCUGCAUCCCGCCCCUGGAUAAGAUGACCGGCUUUUACGAGUUCUAUCCGAGUGAAGCAGGAUACGAUGAGCUUCGUCGCUUCUUCGACUAUGCCAAGGACAGCGGAUUGGUUGGGAGCAAGGUCACUGGACAUGUGGAUGGUGCUGUCAAUGGUCAUGCCGACAAGCCAGAAAUCUGCAUGAUUGAUGCUGAUGACCUCCUCGAUGAUCCAGAAGGAGUUCUCCGGCGAUACUGCGAGAGUGUUGGAUUAGAAUUCAACCAGGAUAUGCUGAACUGGGACAACAAAGAGGACCAGGAACGAGCAAAAGCAGCAUUCGAGAAAUGGAAGGGUUUUCAUGAGGAUGCGAUAGACUCCAAGGACCUGAAGCCGAGGGCUCAUAAGAAACAUGCAAAGACAGAAGCACAGUGGGACGCCGAAUGGAAAGAGAAAUACGGCGAGGAGGCUGCGAAGGUGAUCCGAGACACCGUGGAUAAGAACAUGGCCGACUAUCUUUACCUGAAGCAAUUCGUCCUCAAGGUCUGA